GUGGAUUUCGUUUUACCUGGCCAACCAGCCUCAGACGCACAGCUGAUGAUGGAGGGAGGCAGGGCUGAGCGCGGUGCCCGUCCGGAGAGCCGCUGAGCCUCAUUCAGCGCAGAGCAGCCCGACGGGGGGGAGCGGUCCGCGCGCGCGCCCCAACCCGCGUGACUUCUCCCAGUGUGCUUUCUAAAAGUCAUUCCAGGGCUUUUUCUCCCGAGGCGACAGCCCGCGGAAAGAGAGACGCGUCGAGGAUUCGUGUGCGUGUUCGUGGGCGACGGGCACGGGGAUGUAACCGGUUUCCACGUGCAUUCGGAAGCGGCGUGAGAGGCGCGAGCUGCAGCGGCUGCUGGUUAAUUGACAUCGAUCCGUCGGUGUCUUUUUUUUUUUUUUUUUUAAUGUGAAGCUGCUCCAGAGGUGGUGUCCCCUCCCUCACUCUCCCUCCUCUCACCUCCAACAUGACUUCCCUAUCAGGGACCAAGGAGAGGUCUGUGAGCAGCCGGAGCAGAAAAUACGGGAUGCCCGACACUUCCCCAACCAAAUCAGCCUCCUUUUUCCCGGACACAUGGUACCGAAAGGCCUACGAUGAAAACAGUCGCACGCGCCCCGCCCCAGAGGGUGCCGGCUCCAUGCCGAGCUCCACUGGCACCCCGUCCCCGGGCUCUGGGAUCUCCUCACCAGGGUCUUUCUCCGGAUCACCGGGGACCAUCUCUCCGGGGAUUGGGACGGAGUCGCCUGGUUCCCUGGGUGGUUCCCCGGGUUUUGGGACAGGAUCACCAGCCUCAGGCAGCGGAAGUUCCCCUGGUAGUGAAAGAGUGAUUUGGUGUGAGAACUGCAACGCUAGGCUGUCAGAGCUGAAAAGACAAGCAUUGAAACUGCUCAUCCCAGGACCAUACUCCAGCAAGGACCCCUCCUUCUCUCUCCUCCUUCACGAUAAGCUCCAGGUGCCCAACAGUUCCUGGCGGGCGUGGAACGAGCGCGACAGUCGCUGUGAUGUCUGCGCCACCCACCUCACGCAGCUCAAACAGGAAGCCGUGCGAUUGGUCCUUACUCUCGACCAGUGGGAUUUGUCUCCCCCCUCUUCGCCUCCAUCCCUCAUUGGACGGUAUGGAUCUCAGGGACCUCCGGGUCCGAUGGGAGCAUCUGGAGUACCAGGAGGCCCUGGAUCACGGGAAUGGAUUCCUGCUUUUCUUCCUUCCUCCUCCUCUUCAGCUGUUGCUGCCGUUUCACACUCGUCCUCCCAGUCCCCUUCCCCAAGUCCCAGCCAGACCCCGACCCCCAGCCCGAGCCACGGACCAUCCAACCCCAGCUAUGGGAGUCCCUUGGUUGGACAAACGUCCAGCUGUGCCACCACAAACCCACCAUCUCAUGGCCCUGGGCACAGAUCGGGGUCCAAGCCCAGUUCUCUGGGGCUUGGAGGCGGGGUGGACAGAAGGAACGGGUCCCCCAGUUCGGGAAAAGCUGUUGCCCAACCAGUCACUGGAGUAAACAGCCAUGGCAAUAAUGGUGGUAACGGAAGUGGAGCAGUACUGAGUACAACAGCUCUGCAGGCUCAUCAGCACCUGAACCGAACUAAUGGAGGAGUUACACUCUACCCGUACCAGAUAUCUCAGAUGAUCUCUGAGGACUCCAGAGAAGGUUUGACAGAGGCAGCCCUGAACCGCUACAACACACACUCUCCUGCACACAAUAGUUCCACAUCGCACACAAACUCGCCCUCUCACACGCCAGCUGUGACCACAACCGCGCCGACCACCACCUCUGCUGCCGCUUCCUUCUUUGCCAGAGCUGCACAAAAGUUGAACUUAGCAUCCAAGAAGAAGAAGCAGAAGACUGCGGCCGCCACGGCCCCAGUGACAUCAUCCUCACCAUCAUGUGACCCCGCUCUGUUCCCCACCAAUUUCAGCUCCGCCCUGUUGAUGGCUCCUCCUCCGGCUCCACCAUGCCUUCUCCGAGCAGCCAACAAAAUCAAAGACACCCCUGGGCUUGGAAAGGUGAAAGUGAUGGUACGUGUGUGCCCAUCGUCUCAGUCGGACGCAGCCGAGUCCAGUUCCUUCCUUAAAGUGGAUCCCAGGAAGAAACAAAUCACCAUCAUGGACCCCUCAGCCAAUCAGACACCAAGCUCUGCCUCCCAGAAAAAGGCGGGAGCCAAUCAGGUUCCUCCAAAGAUGUUCAGCUUUGACGCUGCUUUCCCACCCGAUGCGUCACAGGCGGAGGUGUGCGCGGGAACGGUUGCCGAGGUGAUUCAGUCGGUGGUAAACGGAGCAGAUGGCUGUGUCUUCUGCUUUGGACACUCCAAACUGGGUAAAUCCUACACCAUGAUUGGCCGCGAUGACGCUCUCCAGACUCUGGGUAUAAUCCCGUGUGCCAUCUCCUGGUUGUUUAAGCUCAUAAAUGAGAGGAAGGAGAAAACAGGAGCACGCUUCUCUGUUCGUGUCUCUGCAGUGGAGGUUUGGGGAAAGGAGGAGAACCUUAAGGAUUUGCUGUCUGAAGUUGCCACAGGCAGCUUACAGGAAGGACAGGAUGGACAGUCACCUGGAGUCUACCUUUUUGAGGACCCUAUCUGUGGCAUGCAGCUCCAGAACCAGUCUGAACUGCGUGCUCCGACCCCAGAGAAGGCGGCCUGGUUUCUGGAUGCUGCCAUCGCAGCUCGUCACAGCAGCCGCACCACGGAGGAAGAGCACCGAAACUCACACAUGCUGUUUACAUUACACAUAUACCAGUACCGCAUGGAAAAGACAGGCAAAGGAGGAAUGUCAGGAGGUCGCAGUCGCCUCCACCUGCUGGAUUUGGGCAGUUGUGAUCUCAAAGUCCUUGGAGGAGGCGAUGUGAAAAGCAGGGAGAACUCUUUGCCCGGUGCUGCCCCUCUGUGCCUUUCUCUAUCUGCCCUCGGCAACGUGAUCCUGGCCCUGGUCAACGGCAGCAAGCACAUCCCAUACAAGGACAGCAAACUGACCAUGUUGCUAAGGGAGUCGCUAGGCAACAUGAACUGCCGGACCACCAUGAUUGCUCACAUCUCUGCCUCACCCAGAGAUUUCUCAGAAACCCUUUCCACCAUCCAGAUUGCUUCCCGGGUGCUCCGCAUGAAAAAGAAGAAAACUAAAGUCACAGUGCAAUACACUUCUAGCUCCUCCGGAGGAGAGAGCUCCUGCGAGGAGGGUCGAAUGCGUCGCCCGACCCAUCUGCGACCUUUCCAUCACCGCGGCGACACAGACUCUGACCUUCCGUUGCUGCGACUGUCCAGUGACCCCGACGAAUAUUCAAGCAGCGAGCAGUCAUGUGACACGGUGAUCUACGUGGGCCCGAACGGGGCCGCGGUGUCCGAUAGAGAGCUAACAGACAACGAGGGGCCGCCGGAAUUUGUGCCAAUUAUUCCUGCUUUAAUUCGAGGUAAAAUGUCAGAGCAGCAUCAAAGUCAAGGUCAGGCCGCUGGAGCUCCAAACAAGGUGCAGUCUCAGCCAGAAGACCAAGCCAGUGUCCCCUCUCAGCCUUUGCCUCCACCCUCUCAGUCACUGCUCGGGCAGCCGUUGGCUCCGGUCCCAGAGGAGAGAGCUGAGUGCCUGAAAUGUAACACCUUUGCUGAGCUGCAGGAGAGACUGGACUGCAUUGAUGGAAGCGAGGAGGUGGCAAAGUUCCCCUUUGAAGAAAUCCCAGUGAGCAAACAAGGUGCCAAACAUGAGCCAUGUCCAUCUUCGGCUGUCACAACCUCAGCUGCUUCUGCUCCUGGGCUGGAUACAGAAACUAAAACAGGCUCUGCAUGUGCUGUAGGAGGUUCACUGCAGUUCUCCUCCUCAGCAGCAGCAGCAGCCUCCAGGAGGAGGACCAAUGACCAGCAGCUUCAGGAGAUCAAGGAGGUGGUGGAAGAGGCACAGCUGGCUCAGACAAUGAUCCACAACCUGGCUCAGAGUUCUAGUUCCACUAUAGUUACUAGUACCAGGAGCGUUACAGGAAGCAGCAGCAUCCCCUCCAACCCCCUGCACAGGGCUAAGAGCUCCCUGCAGGACGGUCUGAAUGGGGUCAACAACACUGAGGGAAAGGCCCGCCCAUUAGGCUCACCACGCCUGGGCAUCGCCAGUCUCACCAAAACCUCAGACUACAGGCCUCCGUCCUCCCCGUCCCAGAGGUGCAAAGUGUACACCCAGAAGUGUGUGUUGCCGGCAACGCCCCCCUUGUCCUCACACACUCUGGCUCAAGAUGGACAGGCAACAGAGGCUUUGACCUCAGACAACAGUUUGGCUGCUGACAGCGGCCGGUCAUCCACAGACUCCCUGCUGUCCAGGACUCCUCCGGUGGGCAUGAGCCCACAGGUCAGAGAGCCGGCCCAGUCUCUGUCGGCCAGCCUGGGAUCCGCAGAGACCCUCUGUGAUGAUGACGUCCCACCGAUUCCCUUAGACACACACAAGGAUGCCUCAGGACCAGGAGCUUCUGUACGAACAGUUGGACCUCCCUCACUUGGGGAGGAUGAAGCAGUGUACACUUUAGCUUGUGGAGGCUCCCAAGCCUCCUGCUUCAUCAGUCCAGCGGAGGAUGGAGCUGCGGAAAAUCAUCACAUGCCUGCAGAUCCUGCAACAACUUCAGGGGGGACGGAUGUCGCCGCUAUGGCAGAGGUGGCCAUGGCCAAGUUGCGGAUAGAAGGAGAAGCCUUUUCCACAGUGAUGUCACCCAUCUCCUCUUGGAUGAGUGAUCUGAGCAUGGGCAGUGAGGCUGACCAGUCUCUCCACAGCUUCAGUCAGUCGCAGAGCCAGCAAGGGGAGGCCCUGGCUGAACCUGAACCCAGCCAGAGCCUUUGGUUGGGAUCGGAUGGUCUGGGUGGAGAGUUGGUGCUGUCAGAAAACGGGAGUAAUAAGGCUACUGCAACCAAAGACAGGCUGAGAAAACUGCCCCCAUCCAUGGCUAAAACUAACAUCCAAAUUCUGGCAGGACCCGGUAACUUCUCUCCCUUCAAGACCACCAUCAGUGUGCACCCAUGCCUGGCUGUCAAACCCAUGGUUCUACAGGAACCAACCAUCCUCUCCUCGCCUACCAAAACCAGCUCAACGAAAGACCCAAACAAAUAUAAUGCACCACUUUUAGCUUCUAUUUCCAGUGAGAUGAGCUUUGACGAUCCCUGGUUGAAGCGCGUUGUGGAGGAGGGGAGCUCCAGGGAGCGUGUGUGUGAAGUGAGGUCAGAGAAGAGGGACGUAGAGUGUUCAAAAAGUCAAGCGGGAGCUGCGACCGGAGACCACCGCAGCUUCUACAGGGAUGGUGGGGAUCAGGGCAGCUCUAGUUCAGGCGGUGAGAUCCUGUCGUCUCCAGAUGCCUUUAGGAGAGUUGUGGAUGGCUGUGAGAUGGUGCCCACUGUUGCCCUGGGAGACUGUUUGACGAGUAUCUACAGCUCGGACAUCCACCGCACUGCCAGUCUUCCCCGCGGCUGGCACCGCCUCAACCGCCACGACGGCUUGGACAACGGAAACGAGUACUGCAGUCUCGGGGUCACCACUUCCACCCCCUGCAGUCCUCGAGCCACACUCGACCGCCGGGGAUCUGCUGGAAAACUAGGCUUCAUCUCCCACAAGAAGGGGGGAAUCCCACCUCUGCCGCCGAUACGAAAGUCCAGCCUUGACCAGCGGAACAGGGCGGCCAGCCUUCUCCACCAGCCGUGCCACGGGGCGUCACCGCUGGGCGGCGCGGCCGACGAUGCCCAGAUCGCCAGGCAACGAGGCGCCAGUAUAGACAGCAGCAGACUCUUCAGCGCCAAAUUGGAACAGCUUGCAAACAGGACCAACUCUCUCGGUCGGGUCCACGGCUCCCAAAGUGGUUCCCAACACUACGACUGCUUCUCUCUGGAGAGAGGGGGCAGCGCAAGAGGGGGAGAGGUGAGGGGGGACAGCACCAUGCCUCGUACGGGGCGCAGCGUCACCCGUGCUGGAUCAGUAUCCUCUCCCACUGGGAACUUUAGCAGUUUCAGUGGCGGCCCCGGUCCAAGCAGCGCCCCGCAGUCACCUGUCAAGGCCAGUGGACAGUCAAAAAUAUCAGCAGUCAGUAAGCUUCUAAUGACCAGCAGUCCCAAGGGCCGGAGUCUGUCUUCAUCCAGCACCAAGACCCUGAGCUUCUCCACCAAGUCUCUAAGCCAAGCUUCCAGCCGCAGCUCCAGCCUUCCUCCUAACGGAAAGAGCCAGAGCUCAGUACAAGGCCCUGUGCAGCAGCAGGCCCCUUCCCCUGGAUCCUGGUCCACCCAAUCUUUGAGCCGCAGUCGGGGGGGGAACCUGGCGGCCAAGCUGCCUCCCCGCGCUGUCAACGGGCGAAUUUCAGAGCUCCUCCAGGGAAGUGCAGGCUCCCGUUCCAGAGGUCUCCCCCAGGGAGGAGGGACAGAGCCAGCAGAGGAAAGAGGAGUUGGAGGGACAAGUGGAGGAGGAACUGUUGCAGGAGGUGGUGGUGAUGGUAUUGGAGAUGGUGGUGUAACUGGUCCGGGUGAGGAGAAGGCAGUAGUAGUUCAAACACUGCCGUCACCCUACAGCAAGAUCACAGCUCCCAGAAAGGCUCACCGCUGCAGCAGCGGCCAUGCUAGUGACAACAGCAGCGUACUGAGUGGUGAGCUUCCUCCGGCGAUGGGGAAGACAGCCUUGUUUUACCACAGUGGAGGCAGCAGUGGCUACGAGAGCAUGCUGAGAGACAGCAGCGAGAACACAGGAAGUACCUCCUCCGCCCAGGACUCCCUCAGUGAGCACAGCUCAGCCACCACCUCCUCCAGACGGAGCUCCAAGAGCAGCAAGAAGAGCAGGAGCAACACAGGCCUGCAGCGUCGUCGUCUGAUCCCAGCACUGACCUUGGACUCUUCCUCUUCUUCACCUUCUCACCGCUCCUCUAAACAGGCCAUCACCUCCUCUUCCUCCAGCCCAGGUGCAUGCUGGGUAGACGGUCCACUGGGGCCACCGACUCCCUCAAACCUGCGUGGCGCGACCGCAACGUCAGAAACCUUUGAGAUAAAGGUGUAUGAGAUAGAUGAUGUUGAGCGACUGCAGAAGAGGAAAGACAAAGGAGGAAGCAAGGAGGUGGUGCACGCCAAGCUCCGUCUGCUGGAACACCGUCAACAGAGAAUCACUGAAGUCAGAGCCAAGUACCAGUGCCUGAAGAAGGAGCUGGAGCAAACCAAACAGCACCUGAUGCUGGAGCCACACAAAUGGACCACCGAGUUUGAGCUACAACAGGCUUACGAAGUGGACUCACUGGAAUAUUUGGAGGCCCUGGAGACAGUGACGGACAAACUGGAGAACCGAGUCAACUUCUGCAAAGCCCACCUCAUGAUGAUCACCUGCUUCGACGUGUCCUCAAGACACCGGUAGACAGACGGCUGGAGGCCCACAGAGGCAGAGACUCAGCUGGACUCAAUUCGAUGACGAGCGUUGGACCAUUAUGCCCACAGAUUCAUCAAAAACCUACAAAAUAUCUCCUAAAAACACCCUCAUCUCAUCAGAUUUUGUGGAUAAUUGCAAGGAGUGAUACGGGGAUGACUGACCACUUGAUCCUCUAUGUCAUUCCAAUGGCUCCUCCAGAUGUUAGUAGGUAGGAGACAGGUGGACGCAGGGAUGGAGGGUGUAAUAGAGAAUGGAUAUACAUGUAUCAGGCCAGAGGACAGAUGAGACCCUGUUGUAUUUCUUGGGGAGUGAAAACAACCUCAGACAGAGAUAUCGAGCAGCAUCUAAUUAACGGACCACUUUAAAUCAGAUGAAUAUCGCUGCUCAGAGGCAGACUGACGAUGCGAGUCUGGGAAGAAACAUCCGCAACAUAAAUAAUACUCGGGUUUCCAGAGACGAACAAAAAUGAACCCAUUCAGACAGCUCUAAGACUGAAUCUUUUAGGAAUGUCGAGAAGAAAGGAGCGGAAAGUCGAACAAAAACUGCCCAUUUUCUAAACAAAAAAAGAUAAAGAGGUGCAAGAGAGGAGAGAAACAAUUUGGCAUCUCCCACCAUUUUAGAAAAGCACUUUUAAGAGUUUAAAUCCAGUGUGUGCCGACAACAGAACGGCCUGGUAUUGUUGUGCAGUUAUUAAUAGAAACGGACCAAGAGAAAGACAGGACAAAGGAAAAAUGAUUUAGACAAGUGCCUUGUAAACAUUUCAACAAUACCAAGACCAAUUCUCUUUCUCUCUACAAUGCAAUUAGUUUGGUGCUAGCGUAGAAAAAAAAAACACAAAAUAUCAGUGUCCUUGGGAAACCUUUGAAUUUAUAGCCAUUUUUGACUGUGAUGUUUUACUGUGGGUCAAUGUUUCACUAUAUCAUAGACAAAGUAACACUGUAUGUUUCAAUGGUCUUCGGUGCACUGAUGAGAGAUGAGACUAGGUUUAAAAUAAAUUUAAAUAGUUAAUAGACCUUGUGCUCUGAAAAACAGCUAAAUUGUUGCAAGGACCAAAUAUCCAAUUUAAAAAUGUUUAAAUUGAAAUUUUUCAAGAAAGAGCAACAGGUGUUUAAACAAAGACAAAACCACCCUUUUUUCGUGGUGAUGUUUUUGACUUAAACCACAAACUGAGCACCUGAAUCUGAGCAUCUGAACUUUGAUCCUCAGCGGCACACACACAGCAUGUUUCUCCCGAUACAGAUGUGAUGGCUUUUCCAUGUUCGCAAAGCAAUGAAACGUCUGGUUCACAGAGAAGUGGAAAUGAAAAUGUGUUUUCUCUGAUCGAUUGACUUGACUGUCAGACCAACUGUCUGUUAUUUGUAUCCGUGUUGUUCUGCUUUAUUCUAAAAAAACGGAAUGAUUUGUCAAUGUGUGUGUUUUAUAUUACGGUAUCCUUUUUUAUUUGAGUCCAAUGGGACCACGUGGAGACUAUGUAUUAUAGCAAGAGAAUGGAAGUGGUCAAAGAGACACACAAUACACAGGCACAAGAUAAGCCUAUUGAUGAACAGUGUUAAAGGCCUGCGUUAUUGGAAACAAAUAGUGAAUUUAGACUAAAAUAUACCUGAUAAUGGAAGAACUGAAAAAGAUGUUUAAAGUAAAGAAAGAAAGAAAUGGGACAAUGGCCAAAUUAAGGGGCAUAGGUCUCUGCCUGGUUGCAUUUUUGUUUUGGAAGAUUUGUUAAUAUUACUAUCUAUGGUGCUUGAGAUGUUUAUGAUCUAAAUGUUUGUACAAAUAUAAAUAUGUGAAAGAGCCCGUUUCCUUCUAAAACACAGAACAAUACCCUUUGAAAGCUUCUUCUACAUCGCUGUCAUCACAUCUGUUGCUGACCCCCCCCCCCCCCCCCCGCCCCCGCCCCCGACUGUCAAGCACAAAGCAUUAUGGGAGAGCAUGUUUGUUUGAGAGGUAAAACGAGACACAGACAGACUUCAAUGAUGGAGGUACGAUCGGUCAAAAGCAUCAAAGUGACACAGUUAUACAGUAGAGCAAACUCAGUUUGGACCUUUUCCACUGGACCGACACAGAAAUGAUUACUCUUAAUGUUUGGAUCUUGACGUGUAAAGAGCUAAGAGUCUCAUUUCAUGUGGUGUAGAGCUGCAGUAACAACUAGUGGGAAAUUAACCUGAUGCUUUUGACAGACUGUUCCUAAGAGGGGUUUCCACACGCUCACUGUUUUUAUCUCUGUUCAUUGUGCCAGUCAUGAAUGAAGGUUUAUUUAUUCAAGCGGAGGAGAGCACAGUCAAUUAUUUGUUCUUAUUUAUUUAUCACUUAUGAUCUGAAAAAGUUACUAUGCAUUCAAGGAAAGAAAAAAAACUAUAAAUACUUUGCUGAGCCCAUGUCAUAUAAACAUACAUAUACUGUGCACAUAUCAUAAUUACACUCAUUUUUAUUUUAUAUAUUUUCUGCUCCUUUGGUCUGCUCCUGUUGUUUCUAUUGGAGAUUUUAAUGGGAUUUGGGUUUCCUAAAACAUUCUACUUAAUGUUUCUGGGUAGCAACGUGGCUUCAGCCCAGUGCACGUGAAGAAGAAAACAGUGUUGUUUUAAGGGACAUGUACAAUUAUUCUACAGUACUAACUAUAAUA